UGCCGGGCUUUACACAAGCCAACAGCAAGCAGGAAAUCAGGAAACCAGCAGAGCAUACGGACAAUACCACAGAGAUUAGAGAUCAGUUAAACCCCCUCCGCUGGGUGGCUGACCUGUUUGCACACCGACACAACUUCCUUUUUUCUAGAUAAGGACACAAUCAGUGAACACUCUCAAACCUUUUCAUACUCAAUCUUUCUCACUCUGCCCCUCUUUCAGAGGUACUCACGCACAGUUGAAAUAAGCUGUGCACUAUUUCAUUCUUUUCUAUACAUUAUAUAGAUAAAAAUCCACUGUGUGUCCACGCUCCCACAGGUGAGAGUGCAGCCAAUCAGCUGGAGAAGAUUUUAAAGUGGGAUGUCUUUGAAUAUAUAUUAUCAAAAGGUGAGAUAAAAAAAAAAAAAGGUGAGGCAAAGCCUUCACCGGGAAUGUAUUUUGUACUCUGACCUCCACUGGCUCAUCACUUACGCAAGGAGGACUUUAACCGUCAACACACCUGGAGAGCAUUCUGCAAUCCAAGUGUGAGUUUACACUGAAAAAGGAUCAAAUGUCCAAGACCUGAAAACACUCAUCAAAGCAAACAACAGGCAGAGUAAUGAGCUCUUCUGUUGGCAAGUCCCAUCAUGCCAAGAAAGAGCUUGUCAGGGAGAGCAGGUAGACUCAGCCUAGGUUCCUGGAUUCCGGACAGAGACGGGUGUGUGGGAUUCUAAAAUCCUGGAUUUUCUCCAUAUACAGAGCUAAGGGGGAUAAAAUCCAAGUGUGAAGAGAUUUUUGUCUGCUUUUGUUUGUGGAAGACUUGAGUAGAUUAAUAGACUUCCUCUGGAGGAUAUACAGCAGACCACACCUGUACUUACGAUGGCAUUGCAAUUUUAAGCUGUAAGAAGAUAGGGACGAAUACCAAGAGUGAAACCACAUCUGCCAACAUGCCACUUAGAACAUCACUGCAUAGAAAACCAUCCUCUAGUCGUUGGCCCAGCAGGUAUUUCCAGCGAAGGGAGGUGCUGUCUGUCAACAUGAUUAGUCUACCGCUGGGAGAUUUCCGCCACAUCUCUCACAUUGGAAACAAUGCCAAUACAGACAGUUUUGGAGAUCUGGCAUUCCUAAAGAUGGGUCACAGCCUUCUGCUUCAAAGCUCACAGAGUGAGCAGAAUCUCUUCCUGGCCUGCUCGCCACCUCCAAAGCCCCCCCGUCUGAAUCUGGAUGAGAUAGAGGGUACAUCGAGUCCUGACUGGUCUGUGGACCAGAAGAGGAAGAAGUGCAGCUCUAUGCCACUGCUGGACAGUGAUGAAGGAGACGACAUGUUGGGACAGGAGGUAGGGUACCAAAUGGGGAAUAAAGUUGCUUCCAAUCAGGCACACAGGCCUGGGCGAGACUGCCUGAUUUCAGAGAAGGAUGGAGACUUUACAGAGAGCGGUGAUAAACCUGCUGGACAAAAGGAGGAGGACAGUGGCUUUUCUUUCAGCCUUGACCUCGGCCCUUCGAUCCUGGAUGAUGUUCUCCAGGUGAUGGACAAACUACACAACUAAAAGAUAAAUUAUUAAAAUAUCACAAGGAGAUCUUACUGGAUAUUUGCAAUAUAGAGAGGAAAUGUAACUCAACACUCCUUGUGGGGACAAAAAACUAGACAAAAAACAAAGCCCAUUUCCUUAAGCAUGGGUUACUGUUAGAGCAUCUCUGUGAUUCAGUUAGAAAUCAACAUCUUAAUCUUUUUAAGUGCAGAAGAAAAUGUAAUUGUAAUACUAUCCUUUAAAAAAUGACAGAAGCUUGUUUAAAAAAGACAAACAGAAAGUUAAGGUUCUGCUAAUGUUCACCACUUGUAAAGGGAGAAACAAUAUUAAAGUUAAUAAUUGAGCACUGCCUGAUGUCCAGCUUUGAGCUGAGCAUUUUCAACUUCUUUAACAUUGCUGUGUUGGUUUUGUAGUCGCUCAAACCACACUGUUAAGACUUCAGACUGCUGUGCUUUUUUAUUUUUCUUUUUUUUUUUUCUUCUUUUAAGAGAAGUUUAGGCUGGAAUCCAAGGUCCUCGAGCUGUGAUGUCUUGGCUCUUGGUUUUCUUGCCAAUCCAUUGUGUGCAGAGGGCAAUUUUAACUCCGCACGCAUCCCAGAGGCCCCACUGAAAGGUAGACCAAGGUACCCCCCAUCUCUCGUUCCCAACGGUACAGUGAAAACAAACACUUAGCUCUGCUUCCAAUGAAAGCCAGCCAGUGGUGGCAGGUUGGGCAGCACACCAAGCCAGGCCACAGGUCCAAAACCUCAGAGGAAGAAAAAAAAAAAAACAUACUGGAGCAAGCUGUUUUCUUAGCUGCAAAUCAGAGUCCGAUGCUCUAGUGAGUGGCGCACGAAAAGGAAAGUGGUAACGGGUAACAUAAUACUUCCACAUAUGCAGGGGGUGUCGAGGGAGGAGGACCAGAGACAUCCAUUACUACAGCAGAAAUCCUGAUGAGGAUUUAAACACUACCUUCUGAACAAACAGACCCCUGACACGGGAGACAUACAUGCUGCAUCUCACAUAACCUGGCACACUGGUAUGUGUAUGACUGCUCAUGUGGUCAAACUGAGAAUUAUGCAGAUAAGCUUGGUCCAUUUUUAUCAGGUCUUGAGACAAGAGUGUCAGAACACUGUCUCAGUGGGGGUGUACGGAAUGGGCCGGCGGACAAACCUGCAAGCAGCUGAAUUCCUAAGUGUCCGAAAGCUUAUGCUGCAAACCACAAAGAUCCCACUUCAAGCAAAAGAUUUAGAAAUCUAUGUAUGUCCAAACAGAAACAGCAAUGUUUGUGGGCACAUCUGCACUAUAUGUUUUGGCAUCUCCCAUUUUAAACUGGAUAUUUUUAACUCAUGUAUACAUCAUGACAAUAGCACAUUGUGAAACAUUUCUAAGAUUUAAAAGGUAUCAUUUUGGAUUCUGAGUAAGAAAAAAAAAGAGAAAAAGACAAAUUCCCAGACUGCAUGGGAUUGGGAAGAUUUUCAAGCAUGUCAUGAAGGAUGUAAUAC